ACACCUCUCUUACUGCCCUCAACCAAAAAUGGCCUCCAACAAUGUUCAACUUCAGUCGUCGGUUCUUUUUUAAAAAUCAAAGCUUUCGGAACGCUGCUACCUAUUCUAGGUAUCUUAGGCGCUUCCGAGAUCGUCCCCUUUAUCCAUCCUUUUCCAUUCAGCCCACUGCCUUCUCCAAAUACGACAUGAACAUUUCUGCCUAUCUUGACAAGCUACGGUGGGAAUCCUUGGUGUCCAAUCUGUGCUUCAGCCAAUGUCCGGAAGCUGUGCGUCUCUUCUAUGUCAACCUCCGACGUGGUCCUGGGAGUGAUCCCUCUUUUUUCACUACUCUUGUCUAUGACUAUGAAAUCAAAGUGACGCCUGAUCUGCUGGCGUCCGUUCUGGACAUUCCUCAUGCUAGCAUUCGGGCUGGAACAGGCAGUGAGUUCCACCAUUUUGGAUUCAGGUUCGAUCAAGCACUUGGCUCUCUUGUGCAUGAUAUCGGACGCUGGUUCCCGUCCCAGCUUGCUGCGGGACGUCUGCCAGACGAUCUCAAGGUUCUGUUUUUCUUUCUCACUCGAUGGUUCUUGCCCCGUGACCUUGCUGGUGCUGAUAUCAUCCACUCUCCUGAUCUUUGGGUUCUCUUUAACGCGCGGGCUGUUCAUCGUAUCAGCUAUGCGUCGCUCAUGUUCCAGCACAUGAUCAAAUUUGGGACUGAAUAUUAUGGUGGUCCACUGCCAUUCGGUCCUCAAAUCAGUCGUUUUCUGUAUCGUCUCGGCAUUGAUUUGCGUGACAAGGUCAUUGUUUGUGACGUCCUCGACAAUUUGCGUCCCCAGCAUGUUCUGGAACGUGUUGAUGCCUUGGUUGGCCCUCGCAAGCCUGUCACUGGCUCAGGGGGAGUGCAGAGUCAGCAACAGCUGGCUGCAUCAGCCCUGGUUAAUGCAGCAGCUGCAACAUACAAGCAAAAGGCUGGUGCUCAGAGUGGCCCUAAAAGGCGGCUGAUGAUUGAACAAGAUCUAAUGCUGCCAAAGUUUGUCUAUGAAUCACAUCAAAUUAGUGAUCCAAUUAGCCCUGACUCGAACUCUGGUGAUGAGAACGAUCGGGUUUCAAGCUAUGCUUCACCUCCAAACUAUCCCUUCUAGAAAGAAUAUCAGCAGAAGUGCCUAGAGUAGUGUUGUUUGCUUUGCUCUGGUCUGGUAUGUUGGGCCAAAUAAAUGUUGAGUAUCUUG